AAUCAGAAACUUGCCCCGAAAAGUAACCCGCCGUUGAUACUUUCUCCCGUCAUUCAAGAUGCAGAUCACUCAGACCUCCUUCAUGAUUGCCUUUCUGGCUAUUGGUGCCAUUGCCAUCCCAACUCCUGGCAAGUCAGACGAGGCCUGGGCUUUCCAAAGCACCAAGAGGGCCGACGACGAGGCGUGGACUCAGAACAAUGGCAAGAGGGCCGACGACGAGGCCUGGGCUUUCCAAAGCGCCAAGAGGGCCGACGACGAGGCCUGGACUCAGAACAAUGGCAAGCGGGCCGACGACGAGGCUUGGGCUUUCCAAAGCACCAAGAGGGCUGACGACGAGGCCUGGACUCAAAACAAUGGCAAACGGGCCGACGACGAGGCCUGGUCUUUCCAUACCACCAAGAAGGCCGACGACGAGGCCUAGUCUUUCAGAAGCACCUAGCCGACCACCUGAGGGUUUCCUGAAAUAAUGUGGUUUCUUGUGUUCUGUCUUAUAUGUUUCUUGAGUAGUGGGCUUCCCACUUGGUGAGGAGUCAGGCCUGUUGUUGAAUAAGAUGUUAGCUUGAUGAAUUUCAGAUAUGAUUUCGUUGACAUUUGCUCAGUAAGCAGCCAUAGUAUUCCUGCUCGCGUUUACUCAAAAGCCACUCUUGAGAAUCUCGUUGUAUCAGAAAUGUCUGUAAGCUG